AUGACAGAAGGUGUGAGCUAUUUAAAAUAUAGCAAGCCGUCGAGCUAUCAAACUGGGAACGGAGAACCGUCACUUUAUCGAGCAAAUGACCAAGCCGAAGACGAACUGCCUAACCUUAUUGUAUUUGAUGAUGGCAACGACUACGUCGAGUGCGUCGAUCGACAGCUCAAGAUCGAUUAA